GGAGAAUGUCGUUGGGUUCACGCAGUGCUUUAUGUAUUUAUUAAUAAAGGUACUGAACACACGUUCGUUCGUGUCGGGCGUGGUGGGGUCCGUGCUGAGCCUGGGCCGGGAGCUGUUGGACGACGCGUUCAACCGGUACCUCAACACCAAGCUCAGGGAACUGUUGAAUGAACGGAGGCUCGCGCAUCUCAUCAGGCUCGGACAAGGCCUCUUAUUCGGUAAGAAGUCAUCGCAGCCUCGCAACAACGCGGCUGUCCAGCGAGAGUUAGCUCGCCGGCAGUUAAUGGACUCGUUGCCUGGAGCUGCACUCGGGCUCGGAUCCGGCGCGCUCGCCGUUCACAACGCCUUCGAGAUCAUACAGAAGCCGCACUUAAACAAACAGCUGGUGUACAACUUACUUGACCUAUGUAUAGUGGAGUUAUUCCCGGAAUUGAGAAGCCCUGAGAGCAGUCCGUCAGGGAAAGCCAAAGAGUUGAGAAUACGCGGAAGAUUAUUUAUUGUGUAUAAAGACUAUUUAGAAUUUCUAUAAUUCGGACUAUUUCUCAAUAAAAUAUGUUUCGUUCAAAAUGACAAGCUCACUUAGCACAAGUACACAUAUUGUUUAUUUUUUUAUCGAGUUAUAGAAGUUCUGCUGAUAAUUUAUUUUAUAUUUAUAACGGCUUUGCAUUUUGUUUAAAUUGCAAGUAAACACAUACGUCUUGUAGAUCCAACGAUUUUGCGUAAUUUUAUUAUAUAUAUAUAGUUAUAAAUACCGUAUAACAUUAAAUAUAUUUUUGUAUUAUCUCAAAAUAGUAAUAUCAACCGUGAUAUGGCUCGAUUAUUUUCAGAUAAAUAUAAGUUAAAUUUAAUUUUUCGGUGAAUAAAUUGUAAUUCAUAUAUUGCGGCCAUAAAACAAUUUAAUCGAGCCAUUAUCGACGUUCGAGGUUGUAGUAAUAAGAAUUGUGAAGACCAUUAAAUAUUUUUAAACAUUCAAAUGUUUAUAAUGUAGAGCAAACACGAGAGAAUAAACUAUUUUGAUUAUCGUACAAUUAUUUGUUUUUCAUUAAAUCAUGAGCAUUAAUAAAACGAUGUGAAAUUUCCGUACGCAUUGAUGUUUCCGAACGCAGGAAACAGUCCUUAGUUUUGUAUUGCAAGUAAUAAAUUUACCCCACAGUUUAAGCGUAAACUUUUUGAAAUAAUAAGUAAAUCUGUGUGUUGAAAGUGAAAAGUUUACGUGUUUCAUUAUUUGUUUAUUUAAGCUGAGGUCUAAGUACUUUGUUUGUCUAUAAAAAUGUUGCCUACGUGAUUUGUUAUUUGUGUCUCGUGUUAUUUCAUCAUCAUCAUUUUAUUUAUUACAAUUAAAAAUGAACUCCGAUUCUUAA